UGCGAGAGAUGCUUGUCCUGCGCCUUCACAACGCUCAAACCUCGACCCUGUCCCUCUCUCGUCGCGUAACCCCGCUCACUCCAACAAUUCGCGCCGCCCUGCCCGAGUCUCCUCAACGUCGCCCAUGCAUGGAGCCAGCCGAUAUCGAUAUGCCUCAUCAGGCAGCAAGCUCCAUCCGUCCGCUCCACCGAGCGAUAAUCGAUGGAAAACCCCCCCAGCCCAUGGCGCGCAGUGCCACCGACCCUGCAACGACGCGAUAGAGUUGUCAGCCUGGAACUUCGACCGAAAGUUCCUGCAACACGAUCGUUUCACCACACAGGAACGCCCGCGCCGCGGAUAUCCAUCGAAGGGUGUUCCGCCUGUC